UGUUGUUUAAGGUCAGUUCGUUUAUUCAGCCUGUUCAGUCAUGAUGACAAAGAGAGUUUGUUUACUUGGUUUGUUUAGGUAUCAAGAAAUCAGUCAAUGCAGCUCGUUCUCUUUUAAAUAAAAUCUUUUCCCCAGAACUACACAGUGCACCUUUAAAGGUCCAACAAGUGAUUCUGGAAAGUUGGCUGUUGAGCCUCAUCAAAAACUGACACUUUGUGUUGGCAGCUGGCCCGACCUAUCCUAAAGCUUCAGUAUCUGCCCAGCUGUGAAUAAGACUGAACCAUCCAUUAUCUUACAUGGGGCGCCUUUUAAGGUGAGAGGAUGGACGCGUCUUUGCCACACAGCUGCCAUGUUUUAAACAAGUGUGACCACAGCGCCCUCAGGUGGCUGCACCGUGACACUACAUGUGAGCAGACUGAUGUAAUGUCCCAGCAGGACACACACUGACCUCUUCCUAUCAGCUGCUUCCUGGCACCAACAUACUUAACAAUUUCUAAUUAAUGACGAAUUAUCUAUUUGUUCUUUCUUUGUUACGGCCAAUCACCUCCCCGGAUGCAUGUUCAGUCUUAAAGUUCGACAAUAACACAGAGUAAAGAAAAGUUAUCCAGCAGUAUUUGGUGGGUAACACCGGACACAAUCACUCUGGCAGAUCUUCCCACAUGAGGACUGAAGUGUUUGCCGCACCUGAGCCCGAGCCUCACGCCGGAAUGUGUGCGUGGCAGUGAUGUCACAGAGGAGGAGUCAGGUGCGCCUCCGCCGCUCACUCGAGCCGCGGGAUCCUCGCGGAUGAACGCAUGCCUUCACCACGGAGCGCUUUACGCGAACAGAACCGACAGGAAACUCCUCUUAGUCCUGACGGCCAACUUUUACGCAUCUGGCCUCCGUUCGGCAGCGUUGGUUCCUCGGUGUGAGCGGUGAAUGCAUCCUGAUUUUUUUUUUUUUCCUGCGAGUGCUGCUGAGCUCCUAACAGGUGUCAGGGGGCACACCGCCCGGCCAGAGAACAUGUCCAAUGGGAAAGGCGCAAAUGCUGCACAAAACUCCUCACAGAUGACCCUGAAAGAGUGUCUGGAUGAGUGCAUGGAGGCCUUGGAUCUCUUCCUUAACAACCACUUCACCGAGAGCCUGGAGAGGCUGCGGCCAAGAGUGAAUGAGAGUAUGUACCAUGCUCUUAUCUAUGCCACGGUGCUGGAAAUGCAGGCCAUGAUGACUUUCCAACCCGACGACAUCAGCAACGCAGGAAAUACCAUGAAGAGUGCCCAAGAGGUCUGCCAGAGGUUUCGACGGAAAUCCCCAGGUUUGACAAACAAGUCAGUAGGAGAAUCACUCACUGAAGUGCAACUUCAUGCUGAAGUGUGUUACGCAGAGUGCCAACUCCAAAGAGCUGCUCUCACCUUCCUACAGGAUGAGAACAUGGUGAGUUUUAUCAAAGGAGGGAUCAAAGUACGAAACAGUUAUCUAAUUUACAAAGAACUGCACUCCCUCAUAAAAUCUCCAAAAUGUCUCAAAGGACCCAGCCACAUCCACUUAGAGGGAGGAAUAUCUUUUGGAAUAGGGGCGUUUAAUUUGACACUCUCCUUAUUUCCUCCACGGAUACUCAAAGUUUUGGAGUUUGCGGGCUUCUCCGGAGACAAGGAAUACGGUCUGUCGCUGCUGCACGAAGGUGCGACGGGGUUGAAUCUGCGCUCCAUGCUGUGUGCGCUGCUGCUGCUCUGCUACUACACCUUCCUCACGUUCAUACUAGGGACAGGUGAGGGAGAUGUGGCUGAGGCUGAAAGACUGCUCAAACCUUUCCGGCUCCGCUACCCACGGGGAGCAAUAUUCCUCUUCUUUGCAGGCAGGACUGAAGAGAUCAAGGGGAACAUUGAUGAGGCAGUAGCACUGUUUGAGGAUGGCUGCAAGGCCCAGCAGGCGUGGAAGCAGUUCCACCACAUGUGCUACUGGGAGCUGAUGUGGUGCUUCACCUACAAGCGGGCCUGGAAAAUGGCGUACUUCUACGCAGACCUGCUGAGCCAGGAGAGCCUCUGGUCCAAGGCCAUGUAUGUUUACAUGAAAGCUGCUUACCUCAGCAUGCUGCCUAAAGAUGAGGCCAGGCCCUUUGGGGAGGACGAGGUGGAGCUCUUCAGGAAAGUGCCCACCUUCAAACAGAAGAUAGCAGGGAAGUCUCCCCCGACUGAGAAGUUUGCCAUCCGUAAAGCCAGACGCUACAAGGCUCCCUCCCCGAUAAAGCUACCUGUGCCAGUGCUGGAGAUGAUGUACAUGUGGAACGGUUUCAGUAUGAUCAGCAAACGACCCGAGCUGACAGAAGGCAUGAUGGAGACUUUGACGGAGGCGGAGCGCACCCUGCUAGAGUCUCCCGCGAAUGAGUAUUCGGCGGAUGACCGCUGUCUGAUCCACCUGCUGAAGGGUCUGUGUCUGAAGAACAAGGGUCUCCUCCAGGCUGCUGAGGAAUGCUUCAGCAAAGUGUUUUCCAGUGAAAAGAAGAUCAGGUUCGACCACUACCUGGUGCCCAACGCUCUGGUGGAGCUCAGCCUGCUCUUCAUAGACCAAGGCAGAAGGGACGAGGCUAUUAAACUACUGCACAAGGCCAAACACAACUACAAAGAAUACUCGAUGGAGUCCCGCACACAGUUCAGGAUACACGCUGCUCUGGCCAAACUCAAGGCUGACCCCGGUGAAGAGGAGGACACUCAUCUGUAGGAAGACAUUUCUUCAUAAAGGACUCUGUUUCCACUCACAGUUACAGCUGUUUAAUCUGGACAGUUUUUAACUUAUAUCCAUUUUCAUCAAGUAAAUACUGGGUAUAUCACUGUGUUCAGGUGCAUCUGUUUUAGGGGUUUGUGUCACAGUCAACGCCAACAUAUCAUCGGACAAACCUGUCAGAAUAUUUACAAGAGCCCGUCCUGCUCUAGACUGGCUUCAAACAGUCAAGUGGAGCUUGACGUUUUAAGCUGAAGGACAUUGUACAGAUGGGAGACAUUUGAUUUUAUGGCCAUUGUUUUUAUUGUUUACAUCAAGAAUUAAAGAACAGUCAGUUUUAAUCAACAAGUGAUUCAAAGCCACUAUAAAUAACAAAUGUGUGAAAAGUUAUGACUUAACAAAUUGUAUAGUAAUGACUUAUUUUACUGUGAUUAUAUCAUAAUUAACUUAAGGAUAAUAUGCUGUUGUUGGAUGAUAACAUUUUUAAAAACCUGAUUCAGAAAACUGUUAACUGGCUCGAAGAAAUGUGUGAUCCUCAUUUAGCAGCCAGUAUUAUGUGCAGCCUCAGUCAUCCAUUUGUCCCAUUGUGUAUGGUGGGGACACUACAGGAGACCAAAGAGGUGGAAGGAACCGUUUACUGCUGUCCUAAACUCACCUUGUGAGUGCUAUUGAAUUAAUCAGAUUCAGUCUUGGGGCAGAUCUGGAAUAUGUGCACUUUGCAUAAACUUAUUUUUGCA